GGCAGAAGCGGGCUGGGAUGCGCUGGGACGGGGGCUUGGCCGAGGGACUCUGCUAACAUGCGGAAAUCGGCGCCCUCCCACCAGUUCGGGACGGGGAGCGGGACGGACGCUGAGAACGGCGCUCUGAGCGUUUGCUGAACAUGCUGUUCCAUAUUGCGGCUGCGUUAUGUUUUGCUGCGGUUACCCGCGCCCAGGUGCCCGACAUGAGAGACCUAUGCACGGAGAGCAGCUGCUACCCGGCGACGGGCGACCUGCUCAUCGGCCGAUCCCAGCGGCUCUCGGCAACCUCCACCUGCGGACUACAGGGUCCGGAGCACUUCUGCAUCGUCAGCCACUUGCAGGAUGAGAAAAAGUGCUUUGUGUGUGACUCCAGGGAAAUGUACGACGAAGCCACACAACGCACAGAAAGCCACCGAAUCGAGAAUGUGGUGACAGCAUUUGCCCCCAAUCGCCUGAAGACUUGGUGGCAGGCUGAGAAUGGGUUGGAGAACGUUACCAUCCAACUGGACCUAGAGGCUGAGUUCCACUUCACCCACCUCAUCAUGACCUUCAAGACUUUCCGACCUGCUGCCAUGGUAAUAGAGAGGUCUAUGGACUUUGGGAGAAAAUGGCAAGUGUACCGCUAUUUUGCCUACGACUGCGAGUUGUCCUUUCCCGGUAUUUCUCGCGGCCCCAUGAAGAAGGUGGAUGACGUCAUCUGUGACUCUCGUUACUCGGACAUCGAGCCCUCAACAGAGGGGGAGGUUAUCUUUCGUGUCUUGGAUCCUGCAUUUGAAAUCGAAGAUCCGUAUAGCGUUAGGAUCCAAAGCUUGCUGAAGAUCACAAACCUACGGAUAAAUUUUGUCAAGCUACACACGCUGGGGGACAACCUUCUGGACUCACGGAUGGAGAUAAGGGAGAAGUACUACUAUGCCUUAUACGACAUGGUGGUCCGCGGGAACUGCUUCUGUUACGGACACGCCUCGCAGUGCGCUCCCAUCACUGAGUCUGAGGUGGACAUGGAGGGUAUGGUUCACGGACAAUGCGUGUGCAAGCACAACACCAUAGGUCUGAACUGCGAGAAGUGCCAGGAUUUCUACCAGGAUCUGCCCUGGCGGCCUGCAGAGGGACACAGCGCCAAUGCAUGCAAAAGAUGCAAUUGCAACCAGCACUCGGAGACAUGCCACUUUGACAUGGAGGUGUACAUGUCCACGGGCAAUGUGAGUGGCGGUGUGUGUGACCACUGCCACCACAACACCAUGGGCCGUAAUUGCGAGCAGUGCAAGCCGCUCUACUUCCUGAACCCCGAGAGAGACAUCCGUGACCCGCUUGUCUGUGAACGCUGCAACUGCGACCCCAUCGGCUCCCUGAAUGGUGGCAUCUGCGACAGCAUGACAGAUGUCUUGGCUGGCCUGAUCUCGGGACAGUGUCGCUGCAAGCUAAACGUGGAGGGAGAGCGCUGUGACCAGUGCAGGCAGGGCCACUAUGGGAUGAGCGAGCACCAACUUGGCUGCCUACCAUGCACCUGCAAUCUUCCUGGCACUAUUCCAGGAGGGAGCCCCUGCGACACGGACACAGGGAACUGUUUCUGCAAGCGGCUGGUGACCGGCCGAAACUGCGACCAGUGUCUGCCGCAACACUGGGGACUCAGCAAUGACAUGGAUGGCUGCAGGCCAUGUGACUGUGAUGAAGGAGGAGCCAUUAACAACAGCUGCUCUGCUGAAACAGGACAGUGUCCAUGUCGGAAACACACCAUUGGCCGCCAAUGCAAUCAGCCAGAAUCUGGGUUCUACUCCAUUGCCUUGGACCACUACAUCUAUGAAGCAGAGGAGGCCAAGCUGAAACCUGAUAUGACCGUGGUCCAGAGACUCCACCCCCAGGACAGGGACCCUACCUGGACUGGAACUGGACUUGUGAAAGUCUCAGAGGGGGGGGUCCUGGAAUUCAGCAUCGACAACAUUCCCAGCUCCAUGAAAUACGACAUCCUGGUCCGUUAUGAGCCUCAGUUGCCUGACCAAUGGGAGGAGGCACUUGUAACAGUGACUAGACCUGGCGUGAUCACGGCAGACAGCCCCUGUGCUGACAGCCGGCUGGAUGAUGACAGCCAGAUGGUGUCCCUUCCAUCUGGAUCCAGAUAUGCUGUGUUUCAAAGACCUGUGUGUUUCGAGAAAGGGCUGAACUAUACCCUCCGACUAAAUUUGCCCAUCUAUUCACCCCUAACGGAAAUCCAAGACCCCUAUAUUCUCAUUGACUCUAUCGUGCUCAUGCCCCACUUGGAGAGCAUGGAGAUCUUUUCCAGGAAUGAGGAAUGGGAAACAUUCAAGCGUUACCGCUGCCUGGAGAACAGCCAGAGUGUGGUGAAGACACCCAUGACAGACAUCUGCAAGAGUUUCAUCUUCAGCAUUUCAGAGCUGCUGCACCAGGGCUCCUUAGCCUGUCAAUGUGACCUCCAGGGAUCCCUCAGCAGCUUCUGUGACCCCCACGGGGGACACUGUCUGUGUCACCCCAAUGUGGUAGGCAAGAACUGUGACCAGUGCGCCCCCGGCACUUUCCAGUUUGGGCCCAAUGGCUGCAGACCAUGCGACUGCCACUCCCUGGGCGCUGUGAAUCCCUUCUGUGACAAGGUGACGGGGCAGUGCCACUGCAUCCAUGGUGCCGACGGCCACCGGUGUGACCACUGCCUCCCAGGCCACUGGGGUUUCCCCAGCUGUCGGCCCUGCACCUGCAAUGGCCAUGCAGAGUACUGCGAUCCCAACACGGGGGAGUGUUUGGGCUGCCGGGACCACACAGCUGGGCACAGCUGCGAGAGGUGUCUCAGCGGUUACCAUGGUGACGCAGUGCUGGGUUCUGGUGAUCACUGCCGGCCCUGCAUGUGUCCCGAUGGGCCGGGCAGCAGACGGCAGUUUGCCACGGGCUGUUAUCACCACUCCUACCAGGUGUUCUGUUCCUGCAGUCCUGGAUACAGAGGGUCCAGGUGUGAGGACUGUGCUCCAGGUUACUAUGGAAACCCCCAUGAAGCGGGCGGGCAUUGCUCACCAUGCCAGUGCAGCAAUAACAUUGACAUGUUGGACCCGGGGUCCUGUGAUGCAAGUUUGGGUGUCUGCCUGAAGUGCUUGUACCACACGGAGGGUGAAGCUUGCCACCGCUGCAAAAAGGGUUACUAUGGCGAUGCACUGUCACAGAGCUGCAGGAAAUGUGCAUGUAACUACCUGGGAACGGAGAAUGGAACCUGUCUCUCAGAAGGAGAGUGUCACUGUGAUCCAAUCGCUGGGCAGUGCCCCUGCCUUCCCAAUGUGGUGGGGCAGAAUUGUGACCAGUGUGCCCCAGAUACCUGGAAUCUGUCCAGCGGUGCUGGCUGCCAGCCCUGUGACUGUGACCCUGAGAACUCUUUCAGGACGUCCUGCAGCAAUGUUACAGGCCAGUGCUACUGCAAACCCGGGUUUGGGGGCAAAACCUGUCGUGAGUGCAGGGAGCUCUUCUGGGGUGAGCCCAAUGUGAAAUGUCAGGCUUGUGACUGUGACCCCAGGGGCAUCUCCAUGGAGCAGUGCCACAAGACCACAGGUCAUUGCGUGUGUGUGGAGGGCGUGGCUGGUCCCCGGUGUGACACCUGUGCGCGAGGCUACACGGGCGAAUUCCCUGACUGCGUCCGCUGCCACGAGUGCUUUGCUGUGUGGGACCAGGUCGUCAGUGAUCUCACCAACAGGACACAGCAACUUUUGAAGAAGGUGGACACUCUCAAGGUCAGCGGCGUUAUCGGGCCCUAUCAGGACACCAUCGACAACAUGGAGCAGAGUGUUGGUGCCAUCAGGGCCAUCCUGGCCCAGAAUCCAGCCACCCAGCCUCUCACAGAAAUCCAGAAGCUUCUAGAGGAAUCAAGAAACUUGCUAGCAAAAAUGGACACCAAGCUGAACAUUACAGAGGAGGCCCUCAGUCAUGUCUGGUUAGAUGCCAACAGCACUAGCAUAAAGUUGGACUCACUCAGUGAGGAAGCUCUGAUGCUACAGAAGACAGUCAAAGACCUGCAGGAGCAGGUGGAUUUUGUGAAGAAUUCAGAUGUACAGGGAGCAAUGGACAGCAUCACCAAGUACUACCAGCAGUCCAUAGAUUCAGAGGCACUCGUGAAUGCCUCCACUACGGAUGCCGACAGCAUAGUGCAGCAGUCUACCUUGCUCCGGAAGAUGGUGGAGGAGAAGAUUAAUGAAAUCAAGGAAGACUUUGACCAAAACGAGGAGAAUCACACAAGGACACUGGAUGAGCUUGCUAAUCAGCUAGAAACUCUUGACCUGAAAGAUCUCAAUGAAAAGACAUGCGGACGACCAGCAGGCUCCAAGAGCUGUGCUGAAUCUCCCUGUGGGGGGCUGACCUGCCUCAACGAUGAUGGCACCAAGAAGUGUGGGGGUGAUGGAUGUGACGGCCUAGUCUCCAUCGCCCACAAUGCCUGGCAGAAAGCAAAAGACUUUGACAAGGAGAUCCUCAGUGCUCUCAAGGAGGUGGACAAACUCUCCAGGAUGGUUUCAGAGGCAAAGGUGAAGGCAGACAAAGCCAAAGCAAAUGCUCAGGAGGUUCUUCUUAAAAGCAAUGCAACCAAGCAGCGUGUGGACCAAAGCAAUGAGGAACUGCUUAAAUUGAUCAAACAGAUCAGGGACUUUCUCACCCAAGAUGGUGCAGACCCAGAGAGCAUUGAAAUCGUGGCUAACCAAGUGCUAGAGAUGCAAAUGCCCACGACACCAGCUCAGCUGCAGAAUCUGACGGAUGAGAUCCGGGAACGUGUGAGCAACCUAACAGAGGUGGAUGACGUUCUGAGCCAGAGUGCGGCAGACAUUCAGAGAGCUGAAGCAUUGCUGGCCCAAGCCCACAAGGCCAGUGAGGAAGCUAAUAAUGUGAAGGACACAGCCAUGAUGGUAAAGGAGGCCUUGGAGAAGGCGGAACGUGCCCAGACUGCUGCCUCCAAAGCCAUUAAACAGGCUAACAACAACAUUAAGGGCACCCAGGACCUGCUGACAACAGUGGAGUCUGAAACGGCAAACUCAGAGUUUAAACUGAACAACGCCACCCAGAGGCUGCUGCAACUGGAGAAAACCCUGGAUAUGAUAAAGAUGAAGGCCCAAACAAAUACCCUGAGCGCUGAGCAAACGGAGAGCUUGGCGAAGAAGAUCGGUCAAGAGGCCGAACAAGUCAGAAUAGAGCUGGACAAAGAGUUGCAGGAAAAGUACAUCUCAGUGGAGAAUCUGAUAGGCCAGAAAGCCAAUGGUGUGGCUGGUGCCAGGAGGAGGGCAGAGCAGCUGCAGCAGCAGGCAAAGGAGAUGCUGUCCCAGGCCAGCAGCAGACUGCAGCUACUGGAAGAUUUAGAAAAAUCAUAUGAAGAGAAUCAGAAGGUAUUAGAGGACAAGGCAGGUGAGCUGGCAAAGUUGGAGAAAACCAUUCAAGAUCUGCUACAGGAAAUCAGCAGCAAAGUCACGAUGUACAGCACCUGUGUGUUUUAACUGUGCGACAGAGCCCAGCAAAGCUCCUGAUUUCAUAGACUCACCAUGAAACUGAACACCCGGAGAGCCUAAGCAAUGUGUUGAUUCAUGAAAACUUUUAUAAUGAGAACCAAAUCACCUUUAACAAUCCCUACACUAUAUCAUGUUAAAACAAAGAACUGAAUGCAAUCACUUAUUCAGUUUUUGACCAUGUAGUUGAAUUUUUUUUAAAAGAACAAUUAAAAUAUUUACACCAUGUGUUUAAAAUGUUCAUUCAAAAUGUAGGACCAAAAGUGUGAUAUAAAAGCUGAAGCACUUUC